GCGCCACAGUGGCAGAGAGAGCAGAGCAGCUGGAGGAACGUCAGGAUAACUGAGCUCUGGGACUGUUAGUCGACCGUAGAUUUGAAGGUAAACCUUACAGAGUGUCAGUGAAGAAGAGCAGCUGAAGCCCCGCCCCUUAUGGUGCUGAGGAAGGUGAAGGGAAGAGAAGGAUCUAAGAGAGUGGGACUUAACACAGGAAAUGGACGCCCAAAUUGCAAAGACCACCCAGAGUCUGACCACAGCGGCAGAGAUGAGGAACACCACCCAGAUGUUGAUGCACCCCAAUGCAAACUGGGAGGAAUACCUGGCUCCUGCUCCUCUCUCCAUUGCCAUCAUGGGGGAGCUGGUCUUCAUCUCAUCAAUCACUGAUUUCUCCAUCAACAAGAAUCCCCCAAAAGAUGGGUUCAAGUUCAUAAAGUACCCAGACUCCUUUAGGGCUAGUCUCAUGCAAAUCUGUAACUCAGGCUGGCACGCAUUCAAUUUAGCCCACAAGAACAUGAAUCAAAUCCGGAUUCAUACCUUCACUGUUCCAGAUUAUAUGAAAGCAGCAGUCAAGAUUCUGUUUCAAGGAAAUGAUGAAAUCCUUGAAACUCUUCUCCCAAACCAGCUGGAAAACAUCCGCAACAUUGCAGACGAAUGUGUGGUGCUAGCAGAGGGCGUUGAAAAGAAGUAUGCAGAUGUUAUUAAUAUAAUCCAGGAGCUGCUGGAAGCCUGUAUCAAUGCUGAACACUUUCAUGGAGAAGAGCUGGAGAAGGUCAGGAUGAAACUUAAAGAGAAUACAUUGAAAGAACAGACUGCAAAGGAGCUAAAUGAACGAUCCAAGAAAGCAAUGGAGGCCAUGUCAAAGGAGCUGGAAGAGACACAAGAACAGUACAAGAAGUCCAUGGAUUCCAUGCCAUCAGGGUGGGAGAUGAUUGGCAUGGAUUUUGUUGAAGGACUGACAUCCCCUUUGAAAAUGCUCAGUUCAAUUUCAGCAUCCAUCUCCGUCAAAGUUCAAAAAAUGACUAGUGGCUCAGAGACUAACUUUGAUGAUGGAGGUGACGAUGUAGACAUGGUUUCAGAAAUGAAAAUUUUGAGCAGGUCAGGACAAAUUCUGAAUCUCGCAUCAUCAUUCAGACAGUUUAUAAGUGAAGAAGGAAUCAACUGGAAGGAGAUCUAUGAUCAGAAGAAGAAGUAUGCAAAUACUACAUGGAUUCAAAAACAGUUUGAAAGAAAUUAUGAAGAAUUGGAGGAUCUUCCAAGAAGUAAAGUAAGGGAAACUGCUCUAUGUCUCUGCCAAAGAGGGAUUUACAUCGGUGAACAGUUGGCAAUAUAUGCACCAGAUCAGGCAUGUGAUAAGAAAACGACACUCAAGCUGAUUAAAGACACAAAGAAGCUGUAUGAAGAUGCCUUAAAGUUAGACUGUAAAAGCAAAAAAAUGUCUGGUUCUCCAGCUUUGAACCCCAAACCCCCAAUGAUGUUCAAAGCACAGGAGAACUCUGGAAGUCAGUCUGCCAGCCAGAGAGCAACAGAGAACGCUCGUUUCCGCAUCGAGCAAAACCGAGAACAACUGAAGCAAACCAGAGAGUCGUACGAGAAGGCUGUACAGAACAUGGAGCAGAAUCAAAGAGAACUGACUGAGAUCCUGAUUGAGAUGCAGAACUGCAAGAUCAAAGAGACUGACUUUGAAACCACCAUCAAAAUGCUGGUCAAAGGGAUGGAUGCCAUGGGUAGAGUGAAGGAGCAGUGGGAGAAGAUGGUCCGCUUCUUCCAGAUGGUGGCCACCAUUGUGAAAACCAGCCUUGGAACCACGCUGCACAAUUUUGUGAAGACAUCUGAAGACACAAAGAAACUGUCCUACAACUCUAAGCUCUUUGCCAAAGACUUGCUGUACAAUCAGGCCUUUGAAGCCUCCAACAUCGCCAGUCUGGUCCACAUGAUCUCAGGGACCUACUGUGAAGUGUCCAGCAUGUACCUGAUGGACAGAGUUAGCAGCUUGGGUAAGCUUAUGGCCAUGGACAAGGAGAAGCCGGAGUUCAUGCAAGAGAGGAUGAAGCUGCAGAUGUCCUGCCAAGAAGCUCAAGAUGGUAUCAUGCAUUUGGUCCUGAAGAACAAGAACGAAUUUCAAAGGAAGAUGGAUGCCAGGAUGGCCCAAAUUGAGGGAGGGCUCAAAGCCAUUCUGCCCUCUACUCCACCAACGGAGACAGAAAGAAUCAAAGAAAUAGUUCAAAUUGGGUUUGGAGAUGAAGAAGAAAAUUAUUACUGAAACGAUGGAAUUUUAUACCUAAAGACCUGCAGCAUUAAGGUUGAAAUGUUACACCAUCAAAUGCUCACGGCUGGUCGCAAUCUUAGAUCUUCGGCAAAAGGCUUUUUAACAAUCCCACGAUCCAGAUUCAAGACCAAGGGAGACAGGGCCUUUGCUAUAACACUCUGGCCCCAACACUCUGGAACACUAUCCCAGAACUUUGAUACUUUUUUAUACUUUAUCUCUCAUUUAAAACAGGUGGUUAAAACUGGUUUUUAUCAUCUUAGAAAUCUAGCUAGGGGCCACCCACUACUCUCUCUUGCUAAUAUGGAAAUGCUAAUGCAUACUUUUAUUAUCAGUAAAAUUGAUUACUGUAACGCCCUGCUUGCUGGUCUUUUGAAAAAUAACAUUAAGAACCUUCAGCUCCUCCAGAACUCUGCUGCACGAGUUCUUACCAAGACCAGGA